CAUGGACCGCGGCAUGGAUAGAAGAAGUUGUCACUGCACCUAAAGCUAUACAGUAUAUUAACGUUUAUAUCUGCAGUUCAUUUGUUGUAUAUAGAUGAACAUAGACGUAACACACUAUACAUUCAGAAGCCAUGCUGUUCGGGCGGGCUGUGGUCAAACAUGUUAGCAAAGAUGUCCGGACCCUGGAUGUGCAUCUGUCGUUAACUUGUGUGACAUGCUAAAUAUCACAGCGUGUUUAUUUAACACAGUGCGUUUUUGUGGGUUAUUUUAUGGAGAUGAUAUUAAGUAUAAAAUACUGACUAAAGCAAUGUACUAACCUGCGCUGUUAGUGGAGUGUUUGACGUACUUCCGGACUACAAAUACAACUAUGAACCUACCUGGAAACGCGGGUCGUGUCGACGCUCUAGCUGCUGUGUUGUCUCUGCUGUAGUCUGGCGCAUCUGUUGGGUCCAAACACGAGUGCUUCAGCAGAGGUCUGUGAAAGUCGACCUCUACACAAAGACUGGGACUAUAGUCAGAGCUGCGAUGUUUGUGAUAUGAAAGUUUGACCCAUAAAAAGUUUUUUAAAAAGAUGUAUCGUGUCACUGUUGCGAACACGAGCAACAUGAUCAAAACGUGUCAGACAUUUGGAGAGACCAUGCAUACCUGGGCACGUUACCUCAUAUUUUUUCAAUACAUUGGAACAAAAUACAGUGGUGCAGUCAGAGUGCCUCCACAUCAGCUGGAGAAAAAAGGGAUCCAGAACCACUUGGAGGAUGCAAUAAGGAGCCUGAAGCCCGUCAACGCAGUAUCUCUGUCAGUGUCCAGCAGGACAGACACAGGCGUCCAUUCCCUCUCUAACUCCGCCCACUUUGACCUCCAGCGCAAAAACAAGCCACCAUUUCCUGAGGACGUUCUCGUUGAGGCCCUGAAUUUCCACCUCAAGACUGAACAAAUCAGGAUCACACGUGCCCACCGUGUGCCUGUUGACUUCCACGCCCGUUUUUAUGCCAAGUCUCGUACCUACGUCUACCGGAUAGCCCUGGGAAUCUCCCAACACUCACUACUUCCCCUCACAGACCACAAUCUGUGCUGGAACCUCCGCAACACGGAGCUGGAUGUGGGAGCCAUGCGUGAGGCCGCUGCCCUGCUGGUUGGGACUCACAACUUCAGCAGCUUCAGGGCAGUCAGCUCGGACAUGCCUUUUAAGAACCCAGUCAAGACGCUGGAUGUGGCCGACAUACAGCCAGGAAGUUCUUUUGCACACUCACACUUCCACAGGGACAUCCCGAUUUGGGAACUGACUUUUAGGAGCAGGUCUUUCCUCUACAGACAGGUGCGGAGGAUGACAGGGGCCCUGGUGGCAGUAGGCCAGGGGAAGCUCUCACUGCCCCAGCUUAUGGGCAUAUUGGAGGCUCAGGACUCUCUUGCCUACCCAAACAACAUGGCUGCUCCAGCCCAUGGCCUCUUCCUCACCAGGGUGGACUACAAAGACUCAGACCUGCAGCUUUCUCAACAGAUGUCAGAGGAGCAACUUCUCUCCACUGGAAAGUCAGAGGAGUAAUUCUACUUGAACAAUUAAUUAAUCUUUAUGUAUUUCUAUUCUACUGUAUGUAAUUAUUGUAAUAAAGUUUUUGUCUUUAUAUGUAUAUUUUUU